AUGAUCUUCAAACAGAUCAGAAGUGUAAACGCAAGUGCCCGGUUGCACAGCAAACUCUACUCGUCUACAACACAUUUCGGGUACCGAACAGUAGCUCAAGAAGAGAAAGAAAAAUUAGUUCGUGGUGUAUUCUCGAAUGUUGCUGAAAACUACGAUUAUAUGAAUGAUGCCAUGUCAGCCGGUAUUCACAGGUUGUGGAAGGAUCAUUUUGUCUCAAAGAUUGACCCUGGACGCCGUCCUGGUGGGAAUGAGUUAUCUUUCUUGGAUAUUGCAGGAGGAACAGGUGAUAUUGCGUAUCGUAUUCUUGAGCACGCCGCUAAAGAGCACGGUGACUUCGAAAGCAAAAUGAUCAUUAGUGACAUCAACCCAGAGAUGCUGGGUGAAGGCGUCAAGCGUUUUGAAAAUACUAAAUACCAUUCGAAAUCACGUCAAGGUGAAAGAGUUUCGUUUAAGGUUCAAAAUGCGGAGGUUCUUGACGAAAUCCCUGAUAAUUCGCAGGACCUGUAUACUGUCUCAUUUGGCAUCCGAAACUUCACUGAUAUUCCCAAAGCUCUAAGUACAGCGCACAGAGUCUUGAAGCCUGGUGGAGUUUUUGCAUGUCUUGAGUUUAGUAAAGUGACGAAUCCGCUUCUAGCUCAAGUUUACUCGACUUAUUCUUUCAACGUGAUCCCUCUCUUGGGUCAGGUGCUAGUUGGUGACCAUGAUUCCUACCAAUAUCUCGUUGAGAGUAUCGACCGUUUCCCUGACCAAGAAACUUUUGCUCAGAUGAUUAGGGAUGCUGGCUUUGCUACAAACGGAGCUGGCUAUGAGAAUUUGACGUUUGGUGUCGCAGCCAUCCACACUGGUGUGAAGCCCAUCGUAUAG